UAUUCCAACAGCGCUACUUCCGGUUGUCUUGUCCACAUUUUCUACCUAUUUGUGCAAUCGAAAUAAGUUUGUAGUGAUUUACAGCAAAGAACAUGCCUCCAAAACCCAAAAAGCCAGAUGGACCGAGCAAGAAAAACGUGGAAAAGAAAAAGGAGAAAGUCAUAGAAGAUAAAACCUUCGGUCUGAAGAAUAAGAAGGGAACAAAGCAGCAGAAGUUCAUCAAAACUGUCACACAUCAGAUCAAACAGAGCAAUGUGAAAACCCCCAAGGGUGCAGAUCCAUUAUUUGACAACAAAAAGAAAAAGGAUGAAAAGGCGAAGGAGAAAGAGCUUCUCAACUCUCUGUUUAGGCCUGUACAGACUAUAUCUAAAGGUGCUGAUCCCAAGUCUGUCCUCUGUGCAUUCUUCAAGCAGGGCCAAUGUGCCAAGGGAGCCAAAUGUAAAUUCUCCCACGAUCUUGCACUGGACAGGAAAGGAGAAAAAAGGAACCUUUAUGAGGAUUCCCGUGAUGAAGACACUAUGGACACCUGGGAUGAGACCAAGUUGGAGGAAGUUGUCGCCAAAAAACACGGAGAUGCAGACAUAUCCAAAAACAAAACUGGUAUUAUCUGUAAACACUUUCUGGAUGCUGUUGAGAAUUACAAGUACGGCUGGUUCUGGGAAUGUCCUAGUGGAGGGAAAACCUGUCACUACCGGCAUUGCUUGCCUCCAGGGUUUUUAUUGAAGAGAGACAAGAAAAAAUUGGAGGAUAACGAAGAAAAGAUUUCUAUGGAAGAGUUGAUAGAAAGAGAGAGAUCGGCGCUCGGACACAACACAACUCGAGUGACUUUAGAGACCUUUUUGGCCUGGAAAGAAAGGAAGCGGAAGGAAAGGAUUGAGGCUGAUAAGAAAACGAUGGAUAAGAAGAAAUCAGAUUUCAAAUCUGGUAAAACUGGUGGGAUCAGCGGCAGGGAAAUGUUUGAAUUCAAUCCUGACUUUGUCGCUAUGGACGAUGACGAGGCCCAGGAGGGCACCUUCGAGAGAGAAACGGACCCUGACGAUGUUGACCAAGGGAAGGUGGUGGAGCUGAACCUUGAAUCAUUAGCGGGGCUGGCUCAGAGUGUGGAUGGUACUGGAACGGUCUCCACAUCAUCGCACAGAACUGGCACCACAAGUGGGGCUGGAGAUUCGGCGAAAAAGGCAGCCACCAAAUUAGGCGAGAACGAAGAAGACAAGUUAGACCUAGCAGGAGCGUUACCACCGAAAAAUCAUAUAUCAGAGACGGAUGAGGCGAUAGCCGCCGCCAUGGCAGCAACUGUGAACGGCGACGCAAUAGAAAUCGACGAGGACCUAUUUGAUGGCGAGGACCUGGACCUGGUAGAGGAAGACCUGGAUACUCUCGACUUAUCAGAUUAAUUCUAGAUUGGAAUUUUGUGGUUACCUCACCUGCUACAGGAUUAUAUUAAUUCUGCCUUGGAAAAUUACAGUUACUCUUGACUUAUAUUCGUAAAGGAUUCUGUUUUGGAACAUUGAGCUGUUGGAUGAUGUCCUCAACCAUUUACUGAGUGUGGCAUUAUUGUGUCGUUGACUGGAACUGAAAUAUAGUGGGUGGAGGGCACCAGAUUUUCUGUGUGGUCAACGGGUCAAUCUCCCGGUGUUGGAUGAUGUAAUACUUAGGAGUAAGGACCAGUGAUAUUUGUCCUGUAUUAACUAUCCUGGAAAGGGAGGAAAAUGCUUUACAUUAUGCACCUGCUCAUGAGGCAAUCUCAAAUCGUGUAUGAAAAAUGUCGGGUUGUGGGGCAAAUGAUUCGCUAUUUAUCCGAAACAAAAACUGACAAAUCUUGUUUCUGUGACUUUUUUUCACAGGCAAAUGCAAAUUGCUUUAAGUUUUUACCUGAUCAUCAGAUAUGAUAUUUCUUGUAUUGUUUUAUGCAAAAUAUUUGGAUUUGAAUAUCAAAUAAUUACGAAGUUUAUCAAUGACAGUAACCAGCUUCCUGAGUGGUACAUUUCUUCCCUUUCAAUCAAUGAUGAUAAAGGACUGGGUCAUUUUUGGCCUCGUAAAAAGUUUUAAAAUUUCAACGUGAAUUUAUUUACCAAUUUCUGUUAUAAGCAUCAUGUUGAUUAAUUGGGACUAUCUUUCUUUGUGCAGAUUGUUUCCAAUGCACAUGUGUAGAUGCUCUACCAUAGCAUCAAAAUUGUGUUGCUUUGCAGAAAUAGCCAAAAUAUGGUGUUUUAGGACAGUUUAAAUGCAGAGAUAAAAGCUUCUUCAUGUGACAAACAAAAAUCAUUUUCUAGGAAUUAACACUGAUAUAAAAAUGUUAAAGCAUGUCGAAUAUUUUUUUGUUUGCUGCAUGUUGAGGCUUUCAAAAAUGUGUUUUAAUUGUUAAUUUCCUUCAAAAUGGGCAAUUUUCAACCAAAUAGCGCGUAACAAGACGAUUUUCACACAUUUCAUUAUGAAAAUGCAAGUUUACGUCUGCCUUUGUAAUACCAUGUCUCCUAAACCAGUUGUCAAUAUUUGCGUACUUCAUUUAUUCCAGAUUAUGAAUAUAACAACUCAAUCUAAAUCCCUGAUGAGGCUGGAAAUGACCCUUAACUCCCCUAGUCCUUUAUACAUGCCACUAUAUUCCUGCAAAUAAAGAGAGAAUGGUUGUACAUA